AUGACCGACCCUGUCACGAUCCUGGGGACUGUUGCCGGAGUUGCAUCACUGGCUAUACAACUCACUCAGAUCUUGCACGACUACUGCAAGGGUGUCUCUGACUCUGGAAGUGAUGUUCAAGGGCUCCUUGCCGAUACACAACAGCUUAGUCAAGUCCUCACCAAAUUGGAGGAUCUUGUCAGAAAUGACUCCUUGAAGCUAUCCCAGUCAUUCACGACCACAACGACCUUGUACCUUGCCAAUGUUCGCUGCGGAGCAAGACUCCGCUCUCUCCUCGCCGACUUGAAAAAACAUUCGCAGGGAUCGCAGGCUCGCCAAGCGCUCAAGGCGUUGAAAUGGCCAUUCAAAACGCGAGAAACGCGGAAUAUUUCGGCAGAGCUUCAUGGAUACACCCAGACGUUCCAAUUUGCUCUUACCCUUGACGGCUGUGAAAUCCUGUUGAAGACCUCUGGAGAUGUCUCUAAAAUUCUCCAGAACUCACUUCGCUCCGCAACCAUCACAGAGGAGAGUGCAGAAAAUAUCGGUCUGAUUCUGACGAUUGUCACACCACUACCUGAGGUGACGCUAGCCAUACAAGAGGAUGUGAAAAUUCUGAUUGAUGAGAACAUCUUGAAAUGGCUAGGUGCAACAGACACAAGCGCGAAGCACCAGACGGUCAAGAGGAGGCGAUCACCAAAUACUGGGCAAUGGAUAUUUCAGGACAAAUGCUAUAAGCAAUGGGAAAACGAUGUGUCACCUGUCUUGUGGGCGCAGGGUAAACCUGGCGCAGGCAAAUCUACUUUGAUGUCCUGCAUUGUCGAUAAGCUCAAAGCUGAUGCUGGCCGCGGCGAAGGCGUGGCUUCUUUCUACUGCGAUUAUUCGCAGACGUCAGACGUGCAGACACCCGAAGCGAUCUUAGCAAGCUUUUCAUAUCAACUCCUCCGACGGCUUGACUCUAUUCCCGUCGAAGUAGAUUCCAUCUACCACCGUCAUCGCAGAGAAAACACCAGACCAGAUCUCAACGAACAUGUUGAGAUACUCAAACACAUUUCGACGGCGUUCUCCAAAGUAUGGCUGCUUAUCGAUGCCCUUGACGAAUUUGAUCCAGAUUGUAGAGACGAUCUGGCGAGGGUCAUCGAGACUUUGAUGACUUUCACCAAAGUACUAGUCACUAGUCGCCCACAAUCCAUCGAUAGCGAGAACCUCGAAGGUCACACUCUGCGCUGUACAAUCUCCGCCCAAGACGAGGACUUGAAAGUCUUCAUCGAGAGCAGGAUGGCCACCGCCUCCCGAGGCAUCCGCGAGAGUCCUGGAUGGAACGUUUUCGUCAGCGAUGCACAGGAAAAGCUCGUCACGCUGGCAGAUGGAAUGUUCAUACUUGUGUCUCUCCAAUUGGAUAUGCUAUUAAGACUACACACAGUGACAGAAAUGAGAAGGGCCCUCGAAACCAUACCCGACAAACUGGAUGACUUCUACAAAAUCACACUAGACCGCAUCAGAGCUGGAAAGUCAGAUAAACCACUCAAGAUUCUUGCCUGGCUAGUAACGUCUCGCCUACCCAUCACUGUUGGAGCAUUACGGGAAGCGCUUGCCGUUGAAGAUAGUACAACGUUCAUCGACCCGAAUGCGAUGAUUCCUGAAGAUGAUAUAGUACCAAUGUGUUGCGGCCUGGUCUUAAUCCAUGUGGACUCCUACACCGGUGCCAGGAAACUCUCACUAGCUCACGCAACUGUGCAUGAAUAUCUAUCCAAGAACCUGGAAAUGGUCCAUGGCUUUGACCGCAUCAUAGCGAAGGCAUGCGUGAGAUUUCUAGAUCUUUUAGAUUCCUCCACCAAAAGGGAACUCGACUUUGAUAGGCACCCAUUUUUUUUCUAUGCCAUCCUCAUAAGUAACUCUAGUAAAUGCGAUAUCGGGAGAUUUGUCCCUCCGGUCAAGCUCAGGGCCAAGCUGUUGUCUGAUGGUGCCCAUCUGAAGACCAACCGUGGUACACCCUUUUGCGCCGGCCCGGAGGUAGUCAUCCAACAACCGCGCUUUUGUACGAAUCCCGGCGGAGACUAG